CUCGGUUCACAUGAUGCAGAAGUGCCUGGUCAACCCUCCUAUACAAAGCUAUUUAAGUCAGGACUUGUGGCACUGCCCACACACUACCAGUGGGGAGACUGCUAACACUCACUACCAGUAGGAAGACUGCCUACACACUACCAGUGAGGAGACUGUGUACAUACUACCAGUAGGGAGACUGCCUACACACUACCAGUAGGAAGACUGCCUACAUACUACCAGUGGGGAGACCUAGAGAAGGAUAUGGAUAUCACAGAUUCACCUGUGAAGGGAGGUAUCUCUAUACUUCACACAGAGGAGGAUGGGAAACACCACUAUGAAGUGGAGAAGAUCCUCAAGUUCAAGAAAGGAGGACAAGGAGGAGGAGCCUUCGCCAGUGAAGGGGACAAGCUCCUGACGAUCAAUGGAGUGGACCUACAGGAUCUAUCCCCAGAGGCCUUUGCCAAGAUUCUGACGGAAGGAAACCCCAUGUUGACUGUCCACCAAGCCAGCAGGGCUCCUCCACCAGAGAGAUGCCCAGAGGAAGGGGCUGAGGCCAGGGCUCUCCACCCGGUCUCCAAGGAGAGCACCAUACUCAGCUUCAGCCUGGAGAUGAGACGAGAGGAUGACCUGGACGACCUGGAGAGUGACUCCUAUCGCCCCAUGGAAGACCUCACAGAAGAGGAUGUCAACAAAGCCGAUGGGGAGGUUGACGAUCUGUUCCUGGUUGCCAUGACGAACACCAGAAUCUCUGUGGUGAGGGGGCGUGGCUGCGGUGACGGGAGCUCUUGUCACAACUGUGGCAAGUCGGAUUGUAACUUCAACGAGGUUGUCAUGGUCGCAGAGUCCAGCAAAGUCACCCUGGUGUCACGAGGAAUGGGCAACUUGGAAAAAGUACAACAGUUUGACAACCUCUUUAUUGAAAACUAUUUAUGUCGCACGUACCUUCGGCGUAGACUCACACGUAUGAUGUGGAGUAUUCCUAGUUUGUCAGCAACUCCAGAGAAGAUCACCAUCUAUCACUACAAGUCUGACUGUGUGGACGGAGAGUUUCGGGGGGUCCCUGUGGUGCUCAACUUCACCAGCACUAACUGUUUCCUCAAGUGUGUUAAGGACGGAGAGCGAGUCUCUCUCUGUGUUGGGACUUGUGACCAACACAGACUGAAAAGCAUCAGGAAGGAUGAUGAGGAGAUCCAGGCGUUUGUCUUCUACAUGAAGGCUGAAAUGAGCAAACAGCGCCGGUUUGAGUCCGCCUACUGCCAGGGCUGGUUCAUCCACACUUCUAACAAGACCAAAGUAGUUUUGGGGAAACCCCAGGGGAUGACGGGGGACCAGUCAUUCUUCUUUGUCAUCCAUAAAUGAUGAAGAGGGUUUGUUGUUUCUGCAUGUUAUGUUUCUCUAUGUAGUUUCUAUAGUGUAUUUUUAUACCACCAUUUUAUACCACCAUUUUAUACCAUCAUUUUAUACCAUCAUUUUAUAACACCAUUUUAUACCAUCAUUUUAUACCAUCAUUUUAUACCAUCAAUUUAUACCACCAUUUUAUACCAUCAAUUUAUACCACCAUUUUAUACCAUCAUUUUAUACCACCAUUUUAUACCAUCAUUUUAUACCACCAUUUUAUACCACCAUUUUAUAACAUGUCAUUUUGUAUUGAUCCCAUGAGUCCCUGGAAAACAAUGAUGAUUGCUGAGUGGGUUAUACUGGCUACCAUAAAUGUACUGUAGAUUCAUUGAAUGUAGAGUAACAGAGCCCAGGAAAAGAAUGGAUGUGUACUGAUAUUACAAUACGUGUGUGUGUGUGUGUGUGUGUGUAAUGCAGCAGUGGCCUGUUUAUUCUGCUAUUGCAGAGAGAAGUAGCUAUGUAUCAUACACAAAUAAUUAGCAUUUGUUUGUAGUUUUCAGUUAUUGAUCGUUUAGUCAGAUGAGUAAUGCUUUUAUAUGUUUCUGUGACUUAAGUCUUUUUUUAUUUAGAAUAAAAAUAUAUUCUAAAACUGUC